AUGGACAUCGACAUCAUGCGAACUGCUUCUCUGCUUCUGUUGCUUUCUAUCGCCAGAUCGGCCACGAUGGUCUCGGCAGCGCCCGCUUUGACCGGCAGCCUGACUGCUCUCACAAUGAAUGUAGCAGGGCUACCGGCCGUUGUCAACGGCAACGGCGAAGGCGACAAGCAAGCCAACUCGAUCACAAUCGGCAAGAAGUUCUCUCAGUAUGACUAUGAUCUGAUCAACGUGCAGGAAGAUUUCAACUAUCACGCCUACAUCUACAACAACGACACCCAUCCUUACCGCACACCCACGUCUGGAGGCGUACCAUUUGGAUCUGGCUUGAACACACUCAGCACGAUUCCGUUCAAGGAUCUUUCCCGCGUCAAGUGGGAUAAAUGCAACCUGAACGAAGGCGACUGUCUGACCCCCAAAGGGUACACCGUCGUUACAGUCCAGCUGCCCAGUGGAGGCGAGGUAGACCUGUACAAUCUACACAUGGAUGCUGGCUCUGAUGAUGGCGACUCGAUCGCACGCACGUCGAAUUUCGAUCAGGUCGCCCAAGCCAUCGUCAGUCGAUCCGAUGUCGCUGGACGCGCAGUCAUUGUGAUGGGCGAUACCAAUAGCAGGUACACUCGUCCCAAAGACAACCUCCUGUCGUUCUUGAGCCAGACUAAGCUCACUGAUACCUGGGUGGAGCUCGUUCGAGGUGGCAAGCCCCCAGCCUCGACAGACCCAGCAUUGCUUUGUGCUGAUCCGAUCCCCACCACCACCAACUGCGAGGUGGUCGACAAGGUCUUUUACAAAGACGGCAAGAACGUGACGCUCAAGCCGACCGAUUGGCAGUAUGCAGGUAACGAGUUCACCGAUGCUGCUGGGAAACCCCUGUCCGACCACACCCCCAUCCUUGUCAAAUUCACUUACAUCUCUGCUCAGUCUUGA